AUUAGUCUCUUGCUCAGCGUCGUCUACGUGGGGAAGAAAAUAUGGGCUGCGCUAAUUCAACAGCCAAAACUGAAGAAAUUCAGAAAUUAAUAACAGUCUUCGGAGCUACUGGCGCUCAGGGAGGCGGCGUUGUGGAAUUUCUGAAGAAGGAUAAAUGCUUUAAGAUAAGGGCGGUUACCAGAAAUCCGGAUGGUGAAAAGGCCAAGAAAUUGAUUGAAGAGGGUAUUGAAGUUGUAAAAGCCGAUCAAAGCGAUGUCGAGUCGUUGAAAGAAGCUGUAAAAGGUGCUUACGGCGUCUUUCUCGUCACUCAAUUCUGGGAAGCUUUCGACGAGGAAAAAGAGUACAAUGAGGGCAAGAAUGUAGUAGACGUUGUAAAAGAGUCAGGUUGUAAACAUUUAAUAUUCUCGGGAUUAGAGAAUGUCGAAGAGCUGAUCGGUAAGAAAUGUCCCCAUUUCGAUUCAAAGGCAAAGCUCGAACAAUACAUUCAAGAGUCUGGCUUAAAAUUUACAAUAGUUCGCUAUUCUUUCUACGCUGAAAAUUUUUAUUCGCUUAUGAAGCCCCUUAAAGACGAUGACGGUUCGUUCUCCUUUAACAUACCAAUGGGGGAUUAUCCUCUCGACGUUAUUUUUGUAAAUGAGGCGGGAGAAUGCAUUACAAACAUCUUUAAGGCGCCUGAAAAGUUUGUGGGUCAAGCAAUAGGUUUGUCAUCCGUUUGCCAAUCAAUGAAGGAGUACGCUACCCUUAUGGAGGAGAAGUUAGGAGUGAAGAUAGCUACGCCCAAAAUAACGACCGAAGAUUAUAGUAAAUUGGGAUUCCCAGGAGCUGAAGUUUUGGCCGUCAUGUUCGAGUUUUAUCAAACAGGAAAAUGCGAUCGAGACGUUGCAAUGACGAGAAAACUUGCCCCAAGUAUGUCCACCUACGAAGAAUGGGUCGAUAAGCAUACUGAGGAGAUGAAGGCAGCGUUUAGUUAA